UCUGGAAGCUGUGAUCAGCUGUUGUUUACGUGCCGGCUGGUGAGGACAUGUCUGUGUAGUGUUCCUUCCUUCCCGUCCGUUGUCUCACUUCAUUACACGAUACAAAGAGAAGUGAUUGGGUUCGAGUCGGUCCAAUGGGUGCCGUGAAGAGCACCGAGAGAGAGAGGGAGCCGCUGCUCGGGCCGAGCCACGCCGAAGCGAGGGUCCAGCCGGUGAUCAGCAGCGGCAGGGUGUACAGGAGAAGAUGGCUGGUGUUAACCGUGUUCUCAAUGCUCGCCUUUUUACAAGGGAUGGUGUGGAACACAUGGGGCCCCAUCCAGAACUCUGCCAAGCAUGCUUUCGGCUUCUCAGCUACGGACAUUGCUGUUUUAGUCAUUUGGGGUCCUGUGGGCUUCUUCCCGUGGCUCUUGUUUGUGUGGCUGAUGGACAAGAAAGGAUUGCGUGCCUCUCUGCUGCUCACAGUCUUCUUCAUGGUGUUGGGCUCCGCUCUGCGCAGUAUCCCGCUCUCAAACCUGCAGCUCAGACGCUGGUAA